AUGGCCGACUCCACAAAGCCAAACGGCAAACCGACCAUCGUUCGCGCUGUAGCGAAAAAGAGUCCUCAAACAGAACCAGAGAGAUUCUCCGUCGUCAAUAUUGCUCAACAAAAUGCAUGGCAGGUCCCCAUACUUGUUCCAAUGCUCUACCUCGCUGCUAUUCCACUCGCGGAAUACGCUGCUCGCCUACGCCUCACCUCGUUCAUCAUGAACAAGAUUGGGCCCCUCGCUCUCUGGAUACUGAGUGGAUUCGAUUCCAACGCCUGGAACGGCGUCAAAAUUGUGAAAAGCGACGGAAACGGAAGUCUGGCGAAUAGUGUACUAAUUACAAGCCUAUUCUACUCGUUUGUGGUUUAUGUCGUCAGUGCCGUGAUUAGCAUUGCGGGCCAAGCUGCUGGAAACCAGGCUGGGUAUCAAAACCACGAGCCGAGAAAGGGAAAGGAAAGCCUUACUGGGUAUUGCCACCGUAUGGUGUCUGCGCACGCAAACUUGAUGGAAACGUUCCCUCUAUUUGCCAUCUCGGUCUUGUUUACUCAGAUGAUCGCACCGAAUAACGAGCACCUUGUCGAACUGGUCUGCCUCCAAGCCUUUGCCAAGACAUUUAUCUACAUACCAUCGUACAUCUCCAAUGUUGAUCUACCGCGAACCAUCAGCCACUUCCUCUCCGUGGGUGCGGCCCUUCGAACGCUCACAAUACUCGCAAUACACGCUUAA